UACCUUGCCGCUGCCUUUACGGUGUCCUCCUCUUGUCGCAUAUUGAUCCAGCUAGCUGAACGUUAGCUUUUGUGUCAGAAUGGUGUCCGUGGCGUGUCAGUGUUUGUCCGUUGUUUCUGGUUAAAGAUAUCAGGCAUUUGGUGGCUUUCAUGUUCCGUGCGGCUAAUCUAAAAACCAUCGGCAAAGCGGGAACUGGCUGGCACUUUCGCCGAACGAUGGACGAGCUGGUCCAUGACCUGGUGUCAGCACUGGAGGAGAGCUCAGAGCAAGCUGCCCGGGGUGGUUUUGGUGAUGGAGGAGACCAUGCACUAGCCGUGGGCUGUCUGUUAAAAAGACAGGCUCGGAAGCGAAGGGGUAGGAAACGCCGCUCAGACAACCCGCAUCCACCAUGGGAGACGGGCCACCUCAGUGAGGGUUCAGAGUCCAGUGUGGAGGAACAUAAGGACUACCGUGCCAGUACAGGAGGUGUCUCUGCUGCCAAUAGCCAUGCCCGUGACAACAGCGAUUCAGAUGAACAACUUGGCCCGAAGCGGCGAAUCCCCUACACAGCUGACACUGGGCGAAGUAAACGGCCGCUCUGGCCGGAUGAUCUAGGUGUUCUGGGCUCAGCAGAGGGGACUCGAAGCCUUAGGCGACGACGUAAGGUCAAACGCAUGGCUGUGGACCCACCAGUAGAUCCAGAACUUACCACCUCUACUAUGCUUGGGCCCCCGCCUGUCCCUAAAGCCCGUGUUGGGGGCAAGUCACAUAGACUAGGUGCAAGCGAAGGCAGAUGUACCAUGGAGCUCUGUGGAGGUGGAGUGGUAGGGUCAAGUGGAGGGAAAAACAGAGUGAAAAAGAGGAAACUGGCAACGAACCGGCCAGGAGUGGAAGCUGCAGAUGAAGGAGUGGUGGUGGAGAGUGAAGACCCCGUCUGUUCUCCAACAGAUGGGUCCAAAGACAAGAUGGAGCUGGAGGAGCAAAAAGGCUCGGAUGAGGACAUGAGUGACAGGUGUGAGACCAGCAGUGUCAGUAACAGCAGUGAUGGCGGCCUUUAUACGAAUGAUGAAGGGAGGCAAGGUGACGAUGAACAGAGUGACUGGUUCUAUGAAGGCGAGCCAGGCUCUGGUCCAGGGCCCGGGGGUGCUUGUGGGAUAGCCGGAGUUGUUCCCUGGUGGGAGAGAGAGACGGCGUCAGAGGAGCUGGAUCUAGGUGACCCUGUCUUCAACGGCAUUCUCACUGGAUCUUUCCCACUCAUGAGCCCCGGUGCUCAGAGAGGUUUCCAGGCCAGGCUGAGCCGCCUUCAUGGAAACCAUCAGGUACCUGAGGCAGGGCUGCAGGGAAGCUCCAGUCAAAGCUUAAAUGAAAGAUUGAGCAGACAAACCCAGGACACCCACGAGCCAUGGUUUAGCUCGGGCUCGAGGAGAGAACACGGACAGUUGCACUGGGACCCGCUGUCAGACAGAGGGCAUCGGAGGACCUGCUCAGUAAAAACAGCAAGCAGACAAACCAGCGGACACCUCGGCUCACUCUGCACAGGGGAUAUCAAGCGGAGGCGGAAAGCAGCCCCCCUUGGCUCCACUGCACCCUCAGGAGUUGUCGGGGAAACCGCACCUCCGAUUCCUGAGACCAACAUGGGGAACCGCAUGCUGCAAAGCAUGGGCUGGAGUCCAGGGAUGGGCCUGGGUCCUGAGGGAAGAGGCAUCACCGAGCCCAUCCGGGCCACCCAGAGACCCAAAGGCACGGGUCUCGGUUUCAGCUGAACAUCCAGAAUCAGGCUGUGAUAAGAUAUCCCACCAAGGAGCGACAGAGAUGCAAUUCUCCUCAGGGUUAUCAAAAACGGUUCGGAAUAAUCCCAGGCGUGCGACCAACGAGAACAAGGCUGCUCAUCAUAGCAACAGCCUGUGAUGAAACCAAAAAAAACUUUCCCAUAUUGGGGAAACUGCAAGAAACCUGAGAUCUCUGCACAGACUCCUUAACACGUGAAAGUAAAGGAUGGAAAGUGAUCCGGGAAAAAGACUGGCUAACAUUUCUUCUUGAGAAACUCCAUGUUGGAGAAAAUAAUCGACAGUGAUGUCUCAUCUGUUACCUCACAUGCCAGUGUUACUGGUCAGAGAGGUGGGGUAUUGUUGAUUAUAUACGAGCAGUAUUGCUUCAGGUCACCAAUGAUGACAGCAACAGUUUCUUUUCAGUCAGCUGUACUGGUUAGUGAAUUAAUGAUAAAGGGUUUUUGUCUGAUAUUGCACAAGAAUUUUUAAAUCAAAGGUUUGAGAAGUUCAUACCUCAAAGAUGGAUGAUUUUUUUUUUUUCUUUUUUCAAAUAUUGUAAUUAAUUUAGGGUACACUAUUGACACGUGUUUGGAUAUCUGGAUGUUCUCCCACUCACCCAUUUUAUUGUUCAUUUAAUGGAAGAAAUCCUGUCAUGGGAAUGUUUUUAUCUCUCUCAAAAAAUAAGCUGAAAAUCCAAGUCAAAAAAAUUCUCCAUUUAGCGCACAUUUACGCACACAUUUGCACAAGUGGAUCAAAGUUUCACCAAGUCCUGCUUUUAUUAUCCUGUCUUAUCUCAUAUUAUUUAAGGGUUUUAAACAGUGUUUCUGCAAGCAUAGCCAGUGACUUUACCCACGCACACUAUGAUACAAGCAUUUCAGUGUUUCCAUGCACAUUGGAAAAGAAUGAACAGUUCUUCAUACCUGUGUUUAACAGGUGCUUUCCGCUUUAUUUGCUUGAUCAGACCUUUUCUCAGAAUUGUGGGCAAGUGCAGGCUGGCUAACAUCUAAUCAGACACCGGCACAAUGGAGGAAGUCAAACACAUUUAUUAAAAUAAGUUGGCCUGCUCACCUAAUUUUGAGUAUUUACUAUGCAGCUGUUGGGUAAUUUAACCACAUUAGCAUAUUGGCCAGACAGAAUGGAUUGAUAUUAAAGUAAAUUUAAGUGUAGCUGAGAGAUCAAGGGCCAGAAAAAUAGAAAUGGUGCAGUAUGUUAAACUGUAGCAGUAACAGCUUUUAACCUUGGGCCACCACAGGGAUGUUUUUUGUUUUGUUUUUUUUUUUUUUCCCCCAAUUUACAUCAUUAAACCUGUGACAGUUCAAAGAAAUGUGAGCCGAGCUUUGAUUGAAAGAAAAGUGUGUACUGUACAAAUUUUUGCAUCUGUAAACCAAAAGCGGUAAAUUUGAAAUUAAACAGUCAAGUAGUGGUUGAA